UGACGGUUCGUUUGAAAGUCAGCAGGCGACGAACGCGACGCGGGGUGGACUCGCCCCGUCUCCGUCUCCUCCUUCCGCCCGCACCCCCUCUUCUCCCUCCCUCCCUCCCUCCAUCGAAUCCAGGCCUUCAUUGCCCUGACCCGAACCUCCCAUCCACCACCACCUCCUCCUCCUCCCAGCGAGUCAAUCGCCCUCAACACACGCGGUUCGUUCUUACUGUUUUCCCGGGAGGGAGGCCUUUCGUGUGUGUGUGUAUGUGUUUGCGCUGGCUGCUGCUGCUGCCUCUUCAAGUCGUCUUCUUGCACGCCCUUCUCUUCUCUCCCGUAUUCCUUCUCCCUCCUUGGACCCCGGCUGCUGCUGCUGCCCUCAACACACGCGGUUCGUUCUUGCGACAAGAAGAGAAGACGAGAAAGGAAACCUGAGAGAGUCGCGGCUUCUCGGAUUGCUUCGGUUCCAUUUUGAUUCGAUUGGAGGAUACAUACGGACGCCCCCCAAAUCGAAUCGAAUUUCUUGGCAACAGUAACAGUACACACAAACUAGAUUCUCGAUUCGUCCCAAUGAGGCUGGUGGUGCGCGUCAUCGAGGCGCGGGGCCUCCCGCCCACGGACGCCGACGGGACGCGGGACGCCUACGCCAAGGCGCAGCUCGGCAAGCAGCGGGCCAAGACCAAGGUGGUGCGCAAGACGCUCUGCCCCGCCUGGGACGACGAGUUCGCCUUCCGGGUCGGGGACCUCAGGGACAACCUCCUCGUCUCCGUGCUUCACGAGGACCGCUACUUCGCCGACGACGUCCUCGGCCAGGUCAAGGUGCCCCUCACCGCCGUGCUCGACGCCGAAAACCGCACGCUCGGGACGCAGUGGUACCAGCUGCAGCCCAAGAGCAAGAAGUCCAAGCUCAAGGAUUGCGGAGAAAUUCGUCUCAAUGUUUCUCUGGCUCAAAACUACUCUGAAGACACGGGGACUAUUGCACAUUGGGCCUCUGAUGACCUUGCAUCAAAUUCAGACAAAUCAACUGAAUUGGUGAAAGGAUCUUCUUUGCCGAAUAUUCCUAUUGAAGUAUCCACAGCAGUACCAGAGAUCGAUGAGAUAGAAGUGGCCAAGGAGGAUAAAUCAAGCGCUGCUCCAUCAUUUGUCAACAAGCUAUAUCAAAUGUUUAAUAGUAAACCAAAAGAUGCAGAGGCUUCUGCUCCACCUCCCUCCAAGCUGAACGACGCUUCAGAUAUUACGGAAGAAACGCUGUCAACCACCUCUGAAGCUCCCGAGAAGCAGGAUCAUGAUGCCAGUGCAACUAUAACCUUUGAUGAGCUACUGAAGUCCUUCAGUUCUCAGCAUGAGGGGAAAGAAAUGCCUGAAAAUUUGUCAGGUGGAGUUGUUCUUGAUCAAGUUUAUGCUGUUGCACCGAGUGACUUGAACACACUUCUUUUCUCUCCAAGUUCAGACUUUCUGCAAUCAUUUGCAGAGAUGCAAGGAACUACAGGUCUUGAAGUUCAGCAAUGGCGACUUGAAAAUGAUGGUGAAAUCCUGAGGAGGGUGGUAAGCUACACAAAAGCUCCUACUAAACUAGUUAAGGCCGUGAAAGCAACAGAGGACAUGACAUAUUUGAAGGCAGAUGGAGAGAUGUUUGCAGUUUUUGCAGAUGUUAGUACUCCUGAUGUUCCAUUUGGCAAUACUUUCAGAGUGGAGGUUUUGACCUGUAUAUUGCCAGGACCUGAAUUACCAGAUGACGAAAAAUCUUCACGUCUUAUGGUCUCUUGGCGCAUAAAUUUUGUCCAAAGUACCAUGAUGAAGAGCAUGAUUGAAAGUGGAGCAAAACAAGGCUUCAAGGAUAACUACAUUCAGUUCUCUGAGCUGCUGGCUAAAUAUUUUAGGCCGGUUGAUGCAAAAGAUACAACAGCUAGUAAUGAAGUGCUUUCUUCUGUGCAACCAGAGCAAGAAUCGGACUGGAAGCUAGCAUUUAGAAUAUUUGGAAAUUUCGCACUUUUGUCCUCAGUUUUUGCGUUUGUUUAUGUUUCUGCCCACAUCAUCCUUGCCAGCCCUAGUAUAAUUCAAGGUCUUGAGUUCCCGGGGCUGGACUUGCCAGAUUCUGCUGGUGAAGUUGUAGUUUGUGGAGUUCUUGUUCUACAAGGAAAGCGUGUGCUAAAUAUGAUUGCACGAUUUAUCCAGGCGAAGAGGAAGAGAGGUGAUCAUGGAGUCAAAGCACAAGGGAAUGGCUGGUUGCUGACUGUUGCUCUGAUGGAGGGAACCAACUUGGCAGCUACCAAAUCAUCUGGUUACUCUGAUCCAUAUGUUGUAUUUACAUGCAAUGGGAAGACAAAGACAAGUUCGAUUAAGUUUCAUACCCUUGAGCCUCAGUGGAAUGAAAUUUUUGAAUUUGAUGCCAUGGAAGAUCCCCCAUCAGUGAUGGAAAUACAUGUGUAUGAUUUCGAUGGACCCUUCGACGAAGUUGCCUCCCUUGGUCAUGCUGAAGUGAAUUUCUUGAAAUAUAAUAAUAUAUCCGAGCUUGCUGACAUUUGGAUUCCUCUGAAAGGAAAGCUGGCUCAAGCAUGUCAGUCAAAAUUGCAUCUAAGAAUCUUCUUAAACAAUACAAGGGGUAAUGAAGUUGUGAAGGAUUACCUGGACAAAAUGGAGAAAGAAGUUGGCAAAAAGAUUGCUAUGAGGUCUCCUCACACAAACUUAGCAUUCCAGAAAAUCUUUUCUUUGCCACCAGAUGAAUUUCUUAUCAAUGAUUUUACUUGUCACUUAAAGAGGAAAAUGCUAACACAGGGUCGUCUUUUUCUAUCUCCAAGAAUAUUUGGGUUUUACACAAAUCUUUUUGGCCACAAAACAAAAUUCUUCUUUCUUUGGGAAGAUAUUGAAGACAUCCUACUGGUCCCUGCGACAUUAUCUUCAAUGGGAAGUCCAUCUCUGGUGAUUAUUCUUCGGAAGGGCAGAGGAAUGGAUGCAAAGCAUGGAGCAAAGCAACUGGAUAGUGAAGGGAGACUAAAGUUUCAUUUCCAGUCUUUUGUCUCAUUCAGUGUGGCGCAUAAAACAAUAAUGGCACUGUGGAAGGCAAGGUCCUUGACCCCUGAACAAAAGGUACAGCUUGUAGAAGAGGAAUCAGAAACAGAAGACUUCCAAAAUGAGGAAGGAGAAUCUUUCUUAGGGAUAGAGGAUGCCAAAAUGUCAGGAGUGUUUUCAUCCACAAAACCUUUUGAUGUAUCAACACUCAUGGGCAUAUUUGAGGGUGGUCCAUUGGAGUGCCGGGUGAUGGAGAAAGUUGGCUGCAUGGAUUACUCUGUUACAGAAUGGGAACCUGUCAGAGCUGAUAUUUACCAGAGGCAAGUUCAUUAUAAGUUUGACAAGAAAUCAGCACGGCAUGGAGGAGAAGCAAUGAGCACCCAGCAGAAGUCCCCUUUGCCUAAUAAGAAUGGCUGGCUUGUUGAAGAAGUGAUGACACUUGAAGGUAUCCCUGUUGGUGAAUGUUUCAAUCUCCAUAUUCGAUACCAACUGGAGAACAACGCAUCCAAGCAGAAGACUUGCACUAUCCAGGUAUCUAUUGGCAUAGUAUGGUUGAAGAGCUGCAAGAACCGAAAGAAGAUCACGCAGGAUGUAGCAACCAGUGCAUCUUCUCGCCUCAAGAAGAUAUUUAGCCAACUUGAGAAGGAAUCUAUACCAGCAAAGUAGGAAGCUUGUUUUUGUCUGCGUCCUGCUUUUGCUGCUGCACAUAUGCUAGCACUAUGUUUGUUCUUGCGCGUCCUGCUGCCCAUGCUGAGCAGAGAUCAGUGGCAUAAUGAGAAGUUGCAGCACACGGCAAAGCCCUCAAGAAGAUUUUAUAAAGCAACACAAAGCAAGGGCCUCAUUGCAAGAUUUUAGAUUAGAUAACUUUUAACUAACUGUAGAGCCUGGCAUGUGGUUUAGCUAACCAUGUAUACAUAAUGUUCAAGCAUUGUUCUGACUUCUACAAAAGUUAAGAGGAUCUGAUUUUUUUUUUUUUGAAACAUAGGAUCUGAAAUUCUGAAUCUUGUCUGCACCCUUUAGUUAGAUUGGAAGGAAAGGUAGCUUCCAUGGUCACAGAAAAAUAACUGUUAAGAUAGCUUCCAUGGUCACAGGAAAAUUACUGUUCUUUUCUUGCA